AUGAACCCUGAUGAACAAGAACCAGGCCAGGAUGAACAAGAACCAGGCCAGGAUGAACAAGAACCAGGCCAGGAUGAACAAGAACCAGGCCAGGAUGAACAAGAACCAGGCCAGGAUGAACAAGAACCAGGCCAGGAUGAACACGAACCAGGCCAGGAUGAACACGAACCAGGCCAGGAUGAACAAGAACCAGGCCAGGAUGAACAAGAACCAGGCCAGGAUGAACAAGAACCAGGCCAGGAUGAACAAGAACCAGACCAGGAUGAACAAGAACCAGACCAGGAUGAACAAGAACCAGGCCAGGAUGAACAAGAACCAGGCCAGGAUGAACAAGAACCAGGCCAGGAUGAACAAGAACCAGGCCAGGACGAACAAGAACCAGGCCAGGAUGAACAAGAACCAGACCAGGAUGAACAAGAACCAGGCCAGGAUGAACAAGAACCAAGAAUCAUCAUACCCCCCUCCCUCUCCCCCUUCUCCCGCCCCAAGACACACCACUACCCCUCCCCUAGCCCCUACCCAAGGGGGGAGGGGGAUACCCACUCUACCCCUUGUCCAAUACCCACGAGACUAAUGACUUACAG